GAUGACUACGCGGAACGCGCGCAGUCGCCUUUCGUAGAGCAGAAUGACGAGGUUCAUUAUGAAUCAGAAUCCAUGAAAGAAGAGGUUAAGGCUGACAGCAGACCGGUAGAUUCCGACGAUCCAGUUCAAAAGAAACUCUCGAUUGAUACUUUUCCUCAAUCAGAUUUUUACAUAAAGCGUGAAAAAAAAACGGAAUUCUCGGAUAUCGUUAAAAUGGAAAUUUCCCCCGUAAUGAAGACAGAAAGUGCUACGAUAAAGGAAGAGAAAGUUUUUCCAAAGUGGGAGAAAGGUGAUAUAAAAACCGAAUGUAACUAUGGUCCAUUGGAUCCGAAAAUAUUUGCAAAGAUUCAAAAAGUCGUCGAAAGUGGAGUGUCAUUCAGCGAUUUGAAUUUGAAAAAAGAGCCUUUCAUAAAGAAGGAGGGGCAAGGCACAGUCGAGAUAAUCCAUCAUAAUGUAACGCAUACCGAGAUAGAAGAAUAUCCAUCUCCCAUGGCACCCGAUGAAAUUCUGGAGCAACGAAUGACCGAGUUGCAGCUAGAGUUUAGUGGCAUCGAUGAAAUCGCAUUGAACGUUGCCAGUAACGAAAAUAAGAAAUCCAAUGGCGAGAAUAAACCGUCUGAAGCCGCCGCAAAGUGUCAAGAGAUCGUCGUCGAGAAAUCGGACGAUAACGCGUCCAUCGACGAAUUCGACGUCGAGGCGCAGAUGAAGAAGAUCACGGGCGACGACGGCAACGAUUACCAAGAGAAGAUUGACACGAGUUCGGAGAAAGACAAAAGCAUGGACGGAAUAGAGGGAUUGAUGGAAAGCUCGAAGGAGGAUUCAGAUUCGGAGGAUAAGGACAUAGACGACGACAAGUACUGCGAAUCAUCCUUUAAAUUAUUUGAUAUCAAACACGAAGAAACGUCUUUCAACGAACUGGACACUAAGCCAGAUAUCAAAUUGGAACAGAUUACCGUUACGGAAGAUGGCGAGAAAGAGACGGUUAAGAGAGAUACGAACGACGAGGCUUCGAAGGAGGUCUCCAAGACGGAACAAUCGUGCGCCUUCACCGCUUUGUCCGAGGAAUCUAUUUUCGAA